GUGCCACCACAUCGAGAGCGUGCUGAAGGAGGACGCGCGGGGCAGCGUGCCGCUGGGCCAGGCCGACGCGCAGCUGGCGCCCUACGUCAUCGACCUGCACUCCAUGCACCAGCUCCGGCAGGACACGGGCACCGUGCGCCCGGUGCGCAGGAACUUCUACGACCCGUCCUCGGCGCCGGGCAAGGGCAUCGUGUGGGAGUGGGAGAACGACAGCAGCUCCUGGACGCCCUACGACAUGGACAUCUGCAUCAGCAUCCAGAACGCCUACGAGAAGCAGCACCCCUGGCUCGACCUCUCCUCGCUGGGCUUCUGCUACGUGAUCUCCUUCAGCAGCAUGGCGCAGACCAACCGGCAGACGCAGCGCCGGCGCCGGCUGCGGCGCCGCAUGGACCUCGCCUACCCGCUCACCGCCGGCGCCAUCCCCAAGUCGCAGUCGUGGCCGCUGGGCGCCGGCGGCGGGCAGCCCUGCUCCUGCCAGCAGUGCUUGCUGGUCACCAGCACCCGGGCGGCCUCCAACGCCAUCCUGGCCUCGCAGCGCCGCAAGCUGCACGGCGCCGCGCCGGCGGCCCCGCGGCCCGGCGGCGCUUUCGGCGUGCCGCCGACGGGCAAGGGCGAGCCGGGCCGGGCGCCCGCCCGCAGCCACAGCGCGCCCGGCGCCCAGCUGCCCGGGCUCAACAACCUCAACCGGCCCGGCACGCAGCGGGCCGCCGUCCUCGGCGCCCGCGCCGCCGUGCCGCCCGGGGUGCCUGCCCUCCCGGUGAAGAACCUGAAUGGCACUGGCCCGCUGCAUCCUGCCCUGGCAGGGAUGACGGGCAUCCUGAUGUGCGCGGCGGGGCUGCCCGUCUGCCUGACCCGCGCCCCCAAGCCCGUCCUGCACCCGCCGCCCGUCACCAAGAGUGACAUCAAGCCCGUGCCCGGUGUCAAUGGCAUCUGCAGGAAGACCAAGAAGAAGCACCUCAAAAAGAGCAAGAACCCCGAGGACGUGGUGCGUCGGUACAUCCAGAAGGUGAAGAACCCCCCGGACGAGGAUUGCACCAUCUGCAUGGAGCGGCUGGGCGCCUGCUCGGGCUACGAGGGCGUCCUUGGCCGCCGCGGCGCCAAGCCGGAGCUGGUGGGCAAGCUGGGCAAGUGCGGCCACGUGUACCACCUGCUCUGCCUCGUGGCCAUGUACAACAACGGCAACAGGGAUGGCAGCUUGCAGUGCCCCACCUGCAAGGCCAUCUACGGGGAGAAGACGGGCACGCAGCCGCCGGGGAAGAUGGAGUUCCACCUCAUCCCCCACUCCCUGCCGGGCUACGGCGACUCCAAAACCAUCCGCAUCGUCUACGACAUCCCCGCGGGGAUCCAGGGCCCCGAGCACCCCAACCCCGGGAAGAAGUUCACGGCGCGAGGCUUCCCGCGGCACUGCUACCUGCCCGACACCGAGAAGGGCAGGAAGGUGCUGAAGCUGCUGAUCGUGGCCUGGGAGCGGCGCCUCGUCUUCACCGUCGGCACCUCCAGCACCACGGGCGAGUCGGACACGGUGGUGUGGAACGAGAUCCACCACAAGACGGAGUUCGGCUCCAACCUCACCGGGCACGGCUACCCCGACCCCAACUACCUGGACAACGUCCUGGCCGAGCUGCUGGCCCAGGGUGUCUCCGAGGCCAACCUCAAGGACUGA